UCGUUUCAGUUAUGCGAGCAACUGGCGGGUGUGAACUUUAUUCAGGAUGUUUCAAUAGUAAUUCUGAUAGCUAUUAUUGAUGUUAUCACAAUAAUCAAAUACAGAAUUUCGUCAGCAGAGGCAGCCAAAGCUACAUGCCAAAAGAAAAGAAACGCGGAUAAGAAUUUAUUGAGACAGACUGUCGUGCAAGGCGUUGUGUUCGCAGUCGAGCUGAGCACGUACUUCUACUUCAGCUUUUUCUUCCAAAACAAAUGGAUAAUUUGGACUUUAACGACCGUGGCAUGGAAUCUUGUGCACUUCAGCGAUGCGGUUAUCAUCAUUGCGUUUAACAAAGAGUUUCGACGACUUAUUUGCUCACCUUUCUUACGUUUGUGGAUCAAAUGCACCAAUUCGUCGAGAGUCUUCGCUAUAGAUGGCGUCGCUUCUGAAGCCUCGCAACACUCAAGCAACCUCAAGAUGGCGGCUCGUUCCCAUCAACAGACUUGUUGA